CGGCCAUGCCAUCAGUAACUCAGACUAUAUGGUAUCAGAUGGUAGGAUGAUGAAUUGGAAAGGAUGAUAAGGAAGUUGUCAUGGUCUGUUUCUAGGUACUAUCAUAGCAUGGAGGGACAGAGGAAAACUAUGAAGAACCUCAGUCAUGAUAUCAUAUGUCCUGCCAGCAUUCAAACCAGGCACUUUCAAAAUACAGUUUAGAAUUAUUAACCACUUGAGCCAUCUUUCUUCAUUCUCUCUUGCAAGUUUGACAUCAGUAAUAAGAGUUUAUGUAGGCCCUUAAGUAAAAUGACAGCACUUAUUGUCUGAAGUAGUCCAAAAGAAUCAUUUUACUUUGCUACUUUAUUCAAUGAAAAAUCCCUAUAUAAAAUUUUGUCAGAGAAAACACUAGUUACAUGGCGUACAGAUUGACAUACCAAGCUGUUUUUUAUGCUUCAUGUAAAUAAAUGUCUCAGAAGGAUUUGAGGUUCGCACAUCUGCCAUUAUGAAGAGUUCUAUCUUCUGGGAUAUGACACUGUGUACUCUGGAAAGUCAACUGACAUUUCAGAGGAACAUGUCAGUUGCAUCUUCAGAUCAAAGAAUGAGCCAGUCAAGAAACCACCAUGAAAGAGGUAGCAAACAGACCUUCAUGCUGAUGUCUGCCUGGCUUAUUCUUCAACUCUGAAGAUGGAAGGUUGACUUUCAACAGAUUAUGUAGCAUUUUAUCCCAGAAGACAGAACUCUUCUUGUUUACAUACUGGUUUUUAUUUUAAUAAAUCUUCUUUUAGUAUAUUUCUAUGGAAUUGUUUUUGUUGUUGAAAAGCCAUGAACAGUUCUUAAUGUUUGCAUGCACCAAAUAAAUCCAGACCAGUAGGGCCAGUACAGUAAUUGUAUUUCAUGUGUAAAUGUUAACAGUGUCAUUAAAAUUAUAGUAUUUGUGUUUUAUUUUCCCUAAUGAGAAGGAGAUAAAGCUUUAUCUUAUAUACUGAAGUGUAUGUUUAGUUUACAUUGUAUAAGUCACUUUUAUAUUUAGGCAUACAAUGACUAGUAUCGUUAUUAACUUCAUACGAAAUUUUAUCUUUAAGAGUCCUUAUGUAGACAAGAUUAUUAGGUUUAUGAUUCUGGAGUUUUAUAUAGUAGAUCAACAACUAAUCAUAUUUUUUCCCCCAUUAAUCAGACAUGAAGGAAAAUGUGGGAAUUCAGUGAGACAGUACAGCAACUAUUUGUAGAUAUCAGAAGAGCCUAUUAUUCAUUUAGGAGGGAAUAGGAUAAUCAGAAUGUAUUUAAAAGAUACGUCUAUUAAAAUCCAUAUGGGUACACAUUUGUCUCAUAUGAUUCAUAUUCUGAACAGAAUAAAACAAUGAAAUCCUUUAUUGCCGUUGCUUUUCAGCUUUGGUUUAGAAUACACCAUUACGAAAGUAUAAGAAAGCCAAGGGGAACUGAAAUUGAUUAGGACCCAUCAGGUUGUGGUUUUUGCUGUUAAUGUUAACAUAAUCAUAAAGAAUAGCACAGGCUCUAAUAGAUGCUAGUAAGGAGGUUGAUUUAGAAGUAAGUACAGAGAAAACAUGUAUGUGUGAAUGUCUUAUCACCAGAGUGCAGGCCACAGUCAUAACACAUUGAUAGCUCAUUGAUUCUUUUAAAAUAUGGAGUUGAAAUAUCUGGCUUUUACCCAGCAAAUCAGAAUUAUGUACAUGAAUAAAUUAAGAGAAAAUUAAAAGGUAGGAAAUGCUUGUUACCACCAGUUCAGAAUCAUUUGACUUCUUGUCUGCUGUUUACAGAUGUAAGGAUUAAAAUACACAAAACUAUUUUGGUCUGUGGCUUACUGUUGGCAUGAAACUUUGUACUUUUUCUGAAAUGUCAGUGCACUUGUACCAAACUACACAAUGUUACAAUCCGAAAGAUUGUACUCUUUAUAGUCACCCCUGUGAGAACCUCAAAUCGAAAGCAGAUUGGGUGUUUUUAAGAACAGGAUACUGACGAAAGAAGUAGCAAAAAGCUGGAGGAAAUUACAUAAUGAAGAGCUUCAUAAUUUGUACUUCUUGUUAAGUAUCAUUAUACUUAUCAAAUGAAGAAUAAUGAGAUGGGCAGGGAACAUAGAUUGCUUGGGAGAGAAGAGAAAUAUGUACAGAGUUUUGGUAUAAACCGUGAAUGAAAGUGACUACUAGGAAAACUUAAAGACAUAGGUGGAAGGAUAAUGUUAAAAUUUAUAUUAAAGGAAUAGCAUGGAGUGAUGUUGACUGGAUAAAUCUGGCUCAGAAUGGGGACCAGUGGCUGACUCAUGCAAAGAUGGUGAUCCUUUGGGUUCCAUAAAAUACUGGGAAUUUCUUAAGUUGCCGAGCAAAUAACAGUUUGUCAAGAAGGGCUCAGCUGCAUGAAGUUAAGUGUGCGAUACUUUUCAUGAGUUCCAAAUGCUGUGAGUGGCGAACUUGGAUCAUACAGCUAGUUUCAUUUUGAAAGCAUGUGCUCAGAUAUCCAAAAUGGUAACAAGAAACAACAUGCAAACACUUCAUGUAUGGGAUACAGAAUACAGUGCUGAUUCUGUUGAGUGGUGCCCAGUAACACCUUAUCAGAGCAUAUUUGUGUGUGGAACUUACCAACUUGUCCAGACUGAAAAUACAGAAGUGAACAAGCAAGACUGUGAUGAGCCUUUAAUUAAGCAGGAAAGGAGUGAAGAAAGUACAGUCUCUAAUCCCUGCAACAGACUUGGGCGUUUAUACCUGUUUGCCAUUGAUUCUUUAAAGGGUCUUUGUUUAUUACAGACAUUAGAAAUGUCUGCUAUAUUGGACUGUAAAUGGUGCCACUGUAAAAUAUAUGGAAAAAUUUUACUUGCUAUUGCUACUGCUGUGGGAGAUGUGCUGCUUUAUGAAAUGCGAACAAAUGAAGCAGUGUUAGAGGAAGACAAUAUAAAAAAUGUUAAGGAAAGUGAACCUUAUCUAUCCUGCAGUCUGUCACUGCUUUGCAGCUGUGCUGUUGCCCAAGAUGUUAACAGUGAAACACUAGCUCUUUCUCUGGAUUGGUCAACAGGACGCGCAAAAUUUGAAGAUGUUCAGAACAAUCCGCUUAUCAGUGUUAGUGAUUCGAAAGGCAACGUUUCUCUUUUGAUGUUGAAUGGUUUAAUGCUGGAAAAGAAAGAAUGCUGGAAAGCUCAUGGGUUUGAAGCUUGGAUAACAGCAUUUGAUUACUGGAAUUCUUCUGUUGUUUAUACAGGUGGGGAUGAUUGCAAGUUCCAUGUUUAUGAUUUAAGGAUAGGAAUCCAACGUCCUGUUUCAUCCAGCAAACUACAUGAAGCAGGUGUCACAAGUCUUCACUCUAAUGCUCUGUAUGAAAAUCUCCUUGCGUCUGGCAGUUACGAUGAAAAUAUCAGAAUUUGGGACACUCGCCAUAUGAAGCAAUGUGUAUUUUCCAUUCCUUUGGGUGGAGGAGUGUGGCGGAUUAAGUGGGAUCCACAUACAUGGCAGCGUAUUUUAACUUCAUGCAUGCAUGGUGGGUUUUGUGUACUAGACUACACAGACAACACAAAACCACCAUCCAUUGUUGCAGCAUACAAGGAGCAUCAAAGUCUGGCUUAUGGUUCAGAUUGGUGUCAUUUAAUGGGUGAAGAAGCUGUAAUUUAUGUAAAAGAUCACAUUUUACAAGCAGAUAGAUCUGCAGAAGAUCUAAGAAUUGUGGCUACCUGCUCAUUCUAUGAUCAUAAAUUAUGUAUCUCAUUUCUAAAGGAAUAGUCAGUUGAAUUGGUAAGAAUCCUGUUAUGUACUGAGACAUGGAUAAUAUACAAUAGAAGAACAUUUCAGUAACAUUACUAGGGGAUAUUGGAAGUCUUCCAGAUUUGAGGAGACAAUUUCAUGGAUGAAAUUUAAUAUCAUAUGUAUGUGGGUAAAAUGUCUGGAUGAGGCAGAAAGCAGUGCAGAUCUUUAGCCUCUUAAUUUUAAUGUUCCUUCUGAGUUCCACACGUGGAUAUUGACACACAACUGUAGUCCGUUCUUUUUGUGCAGAGCUUAUAUUUGUGUGUAGUAUAUAGAUUUUUCAUUGUAAGUUUUAAUUUGUUGCAAAAUUCUAUCUUUUCUUCUACUAUGUCUUUGCUAUGGGCAUUCUUCAGUUUUGAUUCCUCACGAUAAACAUUUAUUUUUUUAACCUUUCACUGCAAUGCUAAUGUGUGUCAUAUAAUUAACUGAACAUAAUGGAAGAAUAUAAGCCAGUGGUUUAGUCCUCAGCUUUGUUUCUGGAUAAAUGAAGUUAAAAUUUAUGAUAUUUAAAUUAGUCAUUACUCAUGUCUUCAUAUCAUGUGGUCAGUUAAUGAGCCCAGUCUGUACUAAAUUCACUUUGAAGAUAUGGUUAUAAAUGGGUUUGGUGUUAAUGUAUGUCAUAUAUUCUGCCGUAAUUUCCAGUUUUUCUAGAUCAGAAAUGACAAACAUAUAUGGAUAUUUCACAUGGUGUUGGGAAUUUGAUUUUAACCCACUUGUAUACUAUUUAAUUUCAGGUACUCAAAAGUUUUUAUAAGAAACUAAUUAAGAGAUUAAAAAAUUGUUGCCCAAUUACAUGACUACACAUCCUCCUGCACACUGGGCAGAGCUUGAUUCUAACUGGUUUAGGCUAGGUUGACUCAUUUGACUACUGAAAAUCCACCUAUACAUUCAGACAGAUUGUUCAGAUUGUGUUAGGUUAUGUAAGUUAAAUUGGUACCUCAGACCACUCCAUAUCCACAUGCACAUUCAAGAAGAGCUUAUUUUAUGUUCUUUUCCAUUGUGUUAUUGCUGUAGAGAUAGGCUGUAUGUUAGUAAUAUUGAUGCUAUAGAAACAAAAGAUCAUUGUUUUCCACUGUUUCUAUGUAAUUUAACUUCUCAGAAAUGCUAGGAAAAUGUUUCUAUAUGAAUUUCUUUUGAUGUCAUAGAUGGAAAUAAUCAAACUCUCAACCUAUGGCACUUCCCUGUUGUUAUAAUAUGUAAUAUAAUGCAAACAUUGUGAUACCUUCAAGCUGCCCAAGUAUGCCAGUUGGUUAAUUCUAACAAGAAUGUAAUCUUGAAUUGGGCAGAACAGUUGAAAAUGCAGUGAGUUGUGUAUGAACAUUUCACACAUAAAGAAGGUCACAUAUUUACCAAGACAUUGAUGUGAAUAAAAUUACAGUAGUCUAAUAUUGCAGUUAGAUAAAUGCUUUGAAGCACUUUGAGAAUCUUUA